UUUGUCGAGGGUUCAUGUGAACGAAGUCUCACAGAUUUCCGCUUAACGCUUGAGAACAAUUUUAUAAGCCAACCAGCUACUGGUAUACUAGGGUAUUUUUGUUACUGCCUAAAGAGACGAUUUUUUCUUUCUUUGUAUCUUUUUUGUCUGAGUAAUGGCGCCUGUAAGACGUCUACAUUACAUAUCACCAGGGUGGGAAUCAUUUUGUGGAGUACGACGUCGCAUAGGAUCGCUUCUGUUGCUGCUUCUUGCGGUUAACAUGGUAGGUGGUCAGAUUCGGUAUUCUAUACCUGAGGAGAUGAAGAAAAGCUCUGUUAUUGGUAAUGUGGCGCAGGAUCUUGGCUUGGAUCUGAAAAGGCUCAGCUCAGGGCAGGCCCGUAUCGUGACCGGAGAAAAUGUUCACUACACCGAGCUGCAGAAAGACAAAGGGAUUCUGGUCGUGAAUGAGAGAAUAGACCGAGAGCAGCUUUGUGGGGACGUAACGCCGUGUAGUUUCAGCUUUGAGAUGAUUUUGGAAAACCCGAUGGAACUACACAGAAUAACUGUCGAGGUUUUGGACAUAAAUGAUCACGCACCUGUCUUCCCAAACAAAGAUAAACCCAUCAGUUUUGAAAUAAGCGAAUCAGCUGCAGUUGGAGUACGUUUUCCUCUGCAGAGCGCGCAGGAUCUAGAUGUGGGCCAAAACGCUCUGCAAAAUUAUAUUCUGUCCCCAAACGACAAUUUUAUAUUGAAACAACAUUCAAAUCCAGAUGGAAGAAAAUAUGUUGAAAUGGUGCUCCAGAAACCUUUAGACAGAGAGCGACACCCGCAUUUCUCUUUGAAAUUAAUCGCAGUUGAUGGAGGAACACCGCAGAGAUCUGGUACAGUAAAUAUAGAUGUGACUGUGUUAGACGCCAACGACAAUAUUCCAGUUUUUAAUCAAUCAGUGUACAAAGCAUCUGUGUUGGAAAACACAAAAACAGGGACUAGUAUCAUUACAGUAAAUGCAACAGACGCAGACAGUGGAUCAUAUGGACACAUUACAUACAGUUUAUCCGAAAUGAAAGAAAGUGCAGCGGACAUUUUUAGAAUUAAUGAAAACACCGGAAUAAUUUACGUGUCUGGUCAGAUUGACUACGAGAAAGACAAAAAAUACGAGUUGAGGGUAGAGGCAAAAGAUCACGGUGGACUAACUGGGACAAGUAAAGUUAUAUUUGAUGUUAUUGAU